GAGGUUAUAAGCAGGGAACUAGAGAGCCAGCUGCAGCGUUCUGAAAUGUCUGCUUAUUUUUAGACUGUCGUUUUAGGCAGAAAAAAGAUAAGGGGAGAUUUACUUGAAACCAGCCGAGGGUGUACCUUUGAGAAAAACUGUAACGCUGUCACACCGCGCCCCCAACGCCGCUUAUGACCGGAGAACUCUUCUCACGGGGGUUCCUCAGUUCUUUGGGAUUAUCGCUUAACUCUGUGGUCUUGCUGAUACAUGACGCGCGAUUUCUGUGUGACAGUAACCCUUGAAGAAACUCGUCAGGUCUACUCCAGUAGUCUUUUCUCAAAGACAUUUUGUUCACUGCGGCAGCAUUUCACACCAUCCAGAGGGCACCCAAUCACCGGGUAGGAAAAAAGAUCGGUGAAGGGGGACGAGAAAUUAUGUUAUUUGCACGGGUGGAGGGCUUCGUAAAUGUGUGCUUUAUCUUCGUCCUGAACACUGGACGCCAUCGGUGGGAUGCUUCCUUCUGUUAAACAUUCACGCGCUUCGUCCCCAAUUAGCCGCAGUUAUUAGGUUCUCGUGCAGGAGGUACUCAAACCAGAGAGUGAAGACAUCGCUCAAGAGCUGGGAAACUGGUUGCAGCGUUUCGACACGUCACAAUUCGAGUAAGGAUCUUGGCAUAAUUUCGGGCACAACGAGAGCAGAGGGAUAUCAUCGGGGACUUCCCGCUUCCAGCGUUCUGGGGUGCCAGCUGUCUUGCCUGAUAAGAAGCACCUUUGCUGUGUAGAGACUGUCGCAGCAAACUCGAGGCAGAACAGUCGAUGUUUUCAGAGAUUCCGAACGCGAUUUCUGUCUUGGGAUUAAGCGGCGUCAAGUCGCAAGCAGGAAUUGACCGCUAGCCGUUUGCGGGAUUGGAAGUUGAGCAGGCCUUCGUGGCUGUUGCCGCACGCGCUCUGCGCGUGGGUCUCGCCAACACUUGGCAAGACAUUGCGACCUGUCGGGAAAGUGUGGACGUUUGGUUUCGAUUCACUGUCGACAGAAAAUCGCUGCUCUUCUGUUUCCGGACUCGAGAAAGUGUCUUGCUCGUUUCUGCCUUUGUCGCGCGAUUUCUCCGUCCUUUUACGGCAAACCUAAGCACGUUCAUGCAGGCCAGGAAGCUCUGCCCCUGGCGUCCUGAGAACUGGCGGCUGUUUCUGUACGGACUUUUCGUCGAACUUUCUCCUUCGUCCUGCGCGCCUUGCCGCAAAUCUUUUCGGUAACGAGGUUUCUCCGCGUCUUCCACCCUCGGUCCAGAAAAUCCCUUUUUCCGCAAAAUGUACUUCACCUACGUUGUGCGUCCGGGCGAGGCUCCGGAAGGCCGCGGCCCGCAGCUCGAACCCUUCUGGAACUUUAUGGUGAACUACAACUUGAGACUCGGGCUCCUCGUGCAAUUGUCUGCGUACCUUGGACUCCUUUUCACUAUUUCUGCCGGCGGAAAUGACGCACUUUCUCUCCUCAGCUUCUUCCGAGCCAGCCCCGAGGCCGUCGGGCAGAGCGCUGUGUGGGCUGUCCAGCUCUGCUGCGGACUCUUCAUCAUGGGAUCCCUCAUGACCAUGGCUUUCCAGUCUCUCGUCGACGACGACAGCAGCAUCAAGCAGUCUCGCGGCUACCGCUCGGGCACCAAGUUCCUUCAGUUCGGCUCGUCCCUCGCUGUCUUCGGCCUAAUCCUCACUCUCCUCGUCUUCUACGCGGCCAACUACUACUUCGAUGACCCCUGGAUGCAGAAGCAACUCGGCGCUGGCUCCACCUGGAUCACUUUCUUCGUCGCUCGACUCAGCGAUGCUUUUGCCUUAGUGUUCAUCGGCGCCGGAAUCUUCUUCCUCGAGGUCUACCACUCUGAAGGCGCGGGCGAGGCCUGGGGCUGGCUGUGUGCCCUCUGCUUCAAGCUCACCGCUCUCAUUGAGGUCAUCGGCCUGACUGCUUUCGGCACUGAUAGCUUCAAGGUCCUCGACGCCAUGUACACCAUCAUGCUGGGUGUUUCUCUGACCCUUGGCUUCGUCUGGGCUCUUCUGUUUGAGCCGGUUUCUCACCGCUUCGAUGUGAAACUCACUCAGUCCGCCAUGAGAAACGAAUACUACAAGUCGCGAAACGCCAUGGCUUACUAUGGCCCCGCUGUGGUAAACGCUGACGGAGAGGUCGAUAUCGCUGCUGCUGCGGAGCAGGCUCAGGCUUGCCUGUCCUGCAGAUCCUAAAGGCUAAUUAGCAAGCACUGGGAAAUGUGGUGAACAGGAGAAGCGACAGUAACUGGAGGCCGUGCUAAUUGUAAACGGCGCAAGCGAGAGACAUGGACAGCCAGGCAUAACGUGAACUGUGGGUGAAAGAAUAGUCCAGGACAAGGGAAUGACAGGGAAAAGAAAUGUUUUUGUAUAUCUUUGUGUUCUUCCAGCCCAAGCGAUCCAGUGCGUGGUUUGUCUUUAUCUCUGCGCUCCGUGAAGUUGGCCGACAAUCAAACUCACCCUGUUUCACCAACAUGUUCGCGUUUUAUAGUUUUUUUCGGGGAAAGGUGGAAAGUGUGGCUGUGAAGGAAACUAGCCUGUUAGUCGUGCAGACGAGCAAUGGCUUGUCUUGGGGAUGUGGACCGUUACCUGCACUUUACAAUACGAGGUUUUUUGGGUCAGCUCCGUGCUAUCGCCUCCAUGAGUUAAUCGCUGUCUCUUUUAACGCGGAACAGCACCGACACCAUCCGGUGGGCUAGUGCCACAACGGUUCUUAAACCUUCCGCCCGCGGUCUGACCGCGAGAAAAUACCCG